UAAACAUAAAAUAUGCAAAAUAUUAUUUUGAAAAUACCUUUUCUAUCAAUAAAAAAUGGAAAUCUAAUAAUGUUAUUUUGAUCUUUAAUUACCAAGUUAAGAAUUACCCUAUUUUCUUUUAUGGACUUAUUCUUGCUUAUCCUUAUCACCGUUUUAACUAUAUCAACUCUUUGUUAUACAGUUGAUAAGUCAUAAACAGAUUAUUGGGUUUCAAUUGGCAAAAAGAGGUGCAAUUUUUAGUUUACAUUCUUUAUAAGCUGUCAAAAUGCUUGGACGCCACCUGCUCUUCAUUUUCCUGGUACUCUUGCUAACAGGUGAGAAUUUCAAAAUUUCUCUCAGAAAAAAUGCGUUUCAAACCUUUGAAGGCGUUUACAAUGAUAGGUCAUAGUUUUGCCAUUGUUUGCUAUCACUGCGAUUCUAUUGCCCUGCCGGAAUGUUCCCAGACCCUCGGAGAGGUGGGUGUUCUUCCCUACAAGGAAUGCUCAUCUGAACUGACGUGUGCCAUGUCAAUUGUGGACUCCAUCACAUAUCGCGGCUGUGGUGCUGAAACGCCCAUUACCGGAGCCACUUACUCAAAGACAUGUUCCUCAAACUUGUGUAAUGCCGGUGUCUAUCCACCAGGACGACUUAAAUGCCAUCACUGCGCUGGUCAGGAUUGCGUCGCAGCUCCAGGGGCAAAACCAAAACCCUGUCGCUAUCAUUUGGAAGAGGAUCAGUGCUACACGGAUGUUAUAAGUUCUUCAGAAGCUUACAGGGGUUGUGUCUCCGAGCAGAAUCACACGCUGUCUAGUGCCGCUCAGCUGUGUGAAAUCAAUGGCUGCAACGAAGAUCAGGGAGCUUGGACACAAGUUUGCGCCACCUGCGAUUCUGCAGUCGGACGAGGAUGUAAGAUGGAUCUCUUUCUGGUGAACACCGGUAAGUGCAAUGUGACACUGUUCGAGGAAUGCCAACAGGAAGUUCUUUUGGGUGAGCAGGAGGAUAAAUACUGCUUCAGUUUCCGGAGUUUAAAUCGAGUGGUCAGGGGUUGCUCAACAAAAAUGCCAACAGAUCUAGAACCAUACUUGGACAAAUUAGAAAAGUGUAGAUCCAGUGAUAAUAACUGCAAUGCAGAAUGUAUUGCACGCCAGAGGUGUUUAACCUGCAAUUCCUUGGACCAGGAACUCUGUCGAACGAAUGUAACUGCUAUAAGUAAUAACAUUUGCGGAUCUGCAGAAGCGUCCUCCUGCUUCUCCUGUGAGUAUUCCAACUGGAGUAUCCAAAGAGGCUGUGGAGCUGCUCCCACAAAUCCCGAAGUUGUUAAGUGCUACGAGUGCGAUGAAGAAGGUGGGUGUAAUAGUAAGGACUUCACUCGAUGCUACCAAUGUAGCACUGAUCAAGCUGGAGCAGGAUGCGCAAAUUGGGAAAGACCAGGAGAAAUAUAUAUCGAGGAAUGUAAGGAGCCAGCAACAUCGUGUUUAGUGGUAUCUUAUAACAACGGCACCACUGCAAGAGGUUGCCAAAAGCCAGAUUUUAGCUGUGAUUCCGAAAAUGUGAACAAUUGUCGUCCCUGUGAAGGAAGUUUCUGCAACAAAGGAUCAUUUCCAGAGGAGCGCCUGUGGUGCCAUAAGUGUAAAGGCGUAGAAGAUUGUGAGGAGAUUUCCAGAGGACAAACCGCUCUUCCUUGCCCUAUUCAAGCUAAUGAGCCUAUGAAUCAAAAGCUCGCCUGCUUGGAGUAUUUUGACAUUCACAGCAAGCAGAUUGUCAGAGGCUGUCGUUCCAAUCCGGAGCUAUAUUAUGAGUGCCUCUUAAGAAGUAACCAUCAUGACAGUUGUCGCAUUUGUCACAGUCAGGCCUGCAAUGAUAGUCCUGGACAGGAGUUAAGAUCAAGUUAUGAACUGGAGGUCAAAGCAAUAUCACUGCUACAGGCCAGAAGUUUAUCAUCGUCCUUUAAAUAUACAAAAGCAUGUUACGAAUGUUGGUUUCUUCCUAAGUGCCAUUUAUCUGUUAAUUUUGGGAACUACGUAACUUGUGGGAGCAAAACAUUUAGUAAUGGCUAAA